AUGACAUCAUUUUUAAAAUAAAACAUCUUUUCUUCUUAAAACGCUGAACAAUUACCAUAGACUAUCUAGGUCAUUAAAUUAAACCAUCACAUACGCUUUUAGAUUAUACUUUUUAAGAGGUUGACCUAUCUAAUUCAUCUAAUAUUAGGUUGUGAUAAUAGAAAGCUCACCAUAUCAUAAUAGAAAGAAUUUCUCAAUUAUGCUAGAAUUGACCCAUUUGGUCAUUCAUUCUUGAUAUAUAAUUCGAAUGAACUUAAGAACAAGAUAAAUUAAUGGAAACUAACUCUCCCUUGGAUUACACCACAUUACGCAAUCAAAAGCAAUCCUAUUGAGCCUUUAAUAUAUGAUAUUAUUAAUGGACCUUAUGGAACUUUUGAUUGUGCCUCAAAAGGAGUAAAAUAUUGAUGUUAUCUUUUCAGGAAAUCUAAAUGGUGAUGAAAUAUGGAGUUCCUGCUUCGAAGCUGGUUUAUAGUAAUCCUGUAAAGGAAGAAAAGGAUAUCAUCUUUGCAAAAAGCAAAGGAGUUUAAAUCACAAGUGCAGAUAGUAUAGAGGAACUAAUAAAGAUCCAAAAGAUAGCUCCAUAGAUGAAAAUACUAUGGAGAAUAUCUAUUGUUGAGGAGAACCCUGAAUAAAUGGCUACUCUUUUUUCUGGUAAAUUUGGAGACGAUGUUCCAAGUUUAGAUGCAGCUCAUAAAAGAUUUAAGCAAAUCCAGCAAAUGGGAAUUCAAUUACGUGGUAUUCAUUUCCAUUGUGGAAGUGCUAUCUAAGGAUCAUCCUCAUUUGGGAAGGUAUUAAAUGUUAUUAUCUUUAGGCCAUAGAUUUAGCCCAAGAUUGUAUGAGAAUUGGGAGAUAGUAUGGACACAAGAUGGAAAAUGUUAGAUGUAGGAGGAGGAUUUCCGACGGGAAACAUUCAUGAAAAUGCUAUUAACGCAUUAAAAAGAACUGAAAAUGAUCCUUUAGGAUACGAAGUAAUUGCUGAACCAGGAAGACACUUUAGUGCUAACUCAUGUUCACUUUUAUUUAGAAUUUUGACUAAAAGAAUAAAGCAUGGUAGAUUAUGUUAUCAUGUUAAUGAAUCACUGUAUCAUUCUUUCAAUUGUAUUCUGAUGGAUGGAAUAUCAUUUGAAAAUCAGAAUGACCAAUUUUAUAGUGUUCUUAAUUCUGAUGAAUCCGAGAAUUCUAAAAUUUCUGACUAAGGUAAUGUCUCAAUCUUCGGAAUGACAUGUGAUGGAGCUGAUGUUAUUGCUAACAAUAUUACUGCUCCUACUGACAUGAAUGUAGGAGAUUGGGUAUGUAUGUAAGGAAUGGGAAGCUAUACAAUUGGACCUAAAUCUACAUUCAAUGGAAUGAAAUCAACUACCAAAAUUUAUUAAUGGAGUGGCUAACUUGAAUAAUAAAGUGAAGCAUAACCAUAAAUAGCUAUAAGUUAAACUUUUUGA